CCCGUUUUCGUGAAAGGAACAGGGACCCCGGCGACGUGGCGGCAGGAUCGGCGACGACGACGACGGGGGUGGCGGAGGGAGGGAAGCGGGUGCCGCCGCGGGGGUGGGUUUCGUACGGCCAAGGCAGUGGGGCCGCGGACAGUCGCCUCGACGCUACCACCUCUCUCAGUCGCUUCUCGGUUUCCGGACACGGCGGACAGGCACACAGGCAGAAAAUGCGCUCCGCAGCGGUGUGCAUCGCCUUCGUCCUGACGUGCACGAGCGGGUCGCUUGUCGCAGGUAUACGAUUCAUCGAUCCGCAGCCGGGAAGUAACGGUGACAUCGGCGACAAACGACUGGGCCUGAGCGAGCCGACGUGCGACGAGCUGCGAGCCAUGUGGAGGUACACCAAGAGACAGAGCAGAGCCGCUAAAACCACCAACGGAUAUUCGAUGUACUCGUACAAUCCCAAUAUAUGGCCGCGCACCGCGCUUCCCGAUCGCACUAAAUUUUCUAGAGGAUACACGCGAGAUGUUGUCGCGCCUACACGACUGAAAUUCCGGGAAGAAUUGGAAGGGAGACACGGUGGACGACCGCGCAGCCGAGCCGCCGGGGGUGCGCCGAUUUACGGGAGGAUGGUGCAUAAAGCCCCGGCAGGGAGCACAUGGCGAAGCGGGAUGCGAGGACCCUCGCGCGUAAAAGCCAUGGAGGAACUGACGCGACAAUACGGAAUCGUGAAUAAGGGGCCGUAUUCGCCGAAUAAUAAUCGCCCUGUCAAUAGCUUCCGUUUCGCCGGCGGUCUUUCGCCUCCAAAAACGCAGGUCCCUCAAUCUGGCAGUUUCGAAGAGCUCAAAGAUCUCAUCAAGGCCGAAAGAGCACGCGAGUUACAGAAGCAACAUAUAAUCGAAGAGAUGGAGAAAGUUGCCACAUUUAAAGGAAAAGACCGAUUAAACGAAGAACAAGAACCGAGUAGGCAACAAUCACGAAAGCAAUUCUCCUAUCAUCCCACAUUCUUAGAAAUGAUGACACCAAAGGUCAAUUAUGAUUACAAUUCGCGACGUUACACGCCCAAUAUCAGUCGGGCUUGGUCGAGGAGCGAGCCCCUCUCGCGAGAAUACAUGUCACCUUAGUAUGCUGCGAAUUGUUGCAAAGGAACGGUACAAAUCCGAAAACUGCCGCAUGCAUACUAGUGUUUGUGACUCUACGACGCAAUUGUAUCCAGUUGUGGUCUAUCAUAGCGAAGCUGCAAUUGCAAGAGUAAAAGACAACGCUCACUUCGAAGAUCACGUGCAUUCUGAAGAUCUGGAUAUCUGCGCGAACUUUUAAGUCUUUGUGUCAACAAUAAGUAAGUGCAGAUAAAGGUGCAUUUUAACCCAAUCAAUCGAGUUUCUUUAUCAUGAAACUUUCUCAGCGAAAAGCACGGUUCUCCAUCGUACUAAGAAUCUUAAAUCCGAGCAAAUUUUAUGGGAAAGCGUAAAAUAAAUAUUGAAAGAAGAUUUGAAGAGUAGGACUUAUUGGGUUAAAAGCGCCAAAGCUAUUCUUCUUGAAUAUAUCAGAAUAUCGCAUGCAUAUCUCUAAUGCAGAUAGAAUUAAAAAUAUGCAUGAGAUAAAACAAUUUAUUUACAUAUCGGAUCGGACUUUGAUUGAAGAUAUAUGCAUGCAUUUUUUCGAUGCUUCCUAUAUUUGUGCAGUCCGAUUUCGCAACGGCAUUGAAGCGAGUAAUUUGACAUAAUGCACAUUUUCAUAGAUUUCAUAGAUUUUAAAAUUUCUCUGCAUUUGAAGUUUUUUUAAAACAUCCAACGUAGGAAGAAAAGAGAAUAAUUAUAUUGAAUUUAUUAAAUCUAUACAGAAUAAAACUACACAAUGUUUGAUCUUAAAGAAACUUAACAUAAAGCAAACUUCUUUUCGUUUUAUCUCGCGAUAAUUUAAAGGAAAAGCUAUAAAUUUUUAAAUCGAAUAUAAAACUGUCUUGAAAUCUCGAAUACAUUAAAGAUAUUAUACAUUUU